AUGGCAGCGUCGGUGGGUCCGACGAGGCACGACAUCGAUCUCGACAUACCGCUGACGUGGCGCAAGGUGCUGCUCACGAUCUGCUCGUACCUGCUCUUCUUCACCGACAUUCCGCGGAGCGGGCUGGGCUUCGCCACGCUCCCUGACGGCUACGUGUCGGCGACCGAGACCAUCUACACGGACUUUGGCCCGUACCACUACCCCAUCAUCGCCAUGGAACGCCUGCCCAACGGCUCGAUCGUGGCUUCGUCGUCGACGGCCAAAGUCUGGAGCUACAAGUUUGAUACUUGCUCGGUGGGUCUGCGCACGGUCGUCACCUCGCGCAACAUCACGAGCUGGAACCCUUGCUAUCUGUACGCGACCGAGUGCCCGGCGACGACCGUCAACCCUCGAACCCUCUUUCAUAUGCUCAACGACGUCGUUUUGAGCAUCGCGCAAGCGCCGACAGCCGCGUGGCGCAUCAACUACCUCUUCGCCGACAGCAUCAACGACUUCUUCUCGUUCGGGCCGUUCAAGGAGCGCGACUGGCGCAGUGUGAUGACGCACUACGUGCCAUCGCCACGAACUCGCAUCUGCGACCCGUCGAGUCCGUCACGGCCGUGCUUUUGUGGCCAGUCGUGGACCAACUUUGGCGCACUCGGCGUCAAGGGUAUCGGUUGGAUCGUCGAUGACAUUCAGAGCAAGAUGCGAACGCAGGAAGGCCGCAUCGACGCACGGACGCAGCGGGUCGAUAUGGCGAUCGUCGAGUCUUUUGACGACUUCCGCGCGUGGGGCGGCGGCGUCGCCAAGGCGUACGCGAGCCCGUUCGACGUCGUGACGCUCCUCCGCGUGCAAAACUGCUCGAACGUCAUGACGCGCGCCAACUGCUCGACAGUGUACCUGGCGGACUACCGGUACGAAGGCGGCGUCGGGCGCACCAACACCAUGUACUGGUAUGGCAUUGCCCACGGCCUCCGCCUCGCCGGCCAGAUCUACAACAUCAUUCGCGCGUGUACUCUCCUCUUUGGAUGUUACUAUGCACGGUGUGCGGAAGUCAAGUACCUCCAUGCGUCGCUGCGCCAGCGGCUGCUCGCGGCGCUCUGCACGUGCCUCCGCAUUCCGGCCCAAGUCGUCAUCUACGGCAGCUGGCUGCCCGUGCUCCUCUUCGCAACCGCGCACUUGAUCGACUCGCCCUUCUUGUACUUUACGAUCUACAUGGACCUCGGCACGCUCAAUGGAUCGACGCGGUUUGUGCCGAGUCAGAUUUACAGCUUUUGGGUCCUCCUUACGUGCCAUAUGCGCAACGUGUGGGUGCUCAGCCUUGCGACCAAAGGCAUUUUGCUCGCGGUGGACCGCCACCGCGGCCAGACGAUCCUCGGGUUUCGCGGCUACCUCCUCCCGUGCGUCUCGUUCCUCUCGGUGCUCUUUGAGACGCGGCUGAUUGCGCUACGCAAUACGCACAUCGUUGGCAUCAUGCCCUCGCACCCGAGCCGCACGACGUUCUUUCUGCGCGAGCUGCACACGAUCCCGAGCAAUUUCAAGUUUUGGGGCGUCUACUCGGACCUUAAAAACCUCUUCAUCUCGUGGUGCGCCGUCUACUUGGUCGUGGGCGGUCUCCUCGGGCAGCCGCUGAGCUUCCAGACGACCGUGCCGUACUCGGUCUUGCGCUUUGGCAGCCGGAGCAUGUUUAGCACGUCGUGGCACGCUGUCGCGCGCUACGGCUCGUUGUACCAUAGCCGCGUCCAGUCCCAUGGGCGCGUCUCGGCGGCGCGCCAGUCGCAAAAUGCGCUCUUGCACAUCACGUGGAUGACCGACCCGCUGCAGUACCUCCUUCUGCUCUGGACGCAGCCCGUCGUGUUUGUCUACCGCGUCGCGCCGUCCAACCACAUCAUUUACCACGCGCUGCCGCGGCGAGAGCUGCACCGACUGCACGACGACGUCGAGCACCUCGACUGCGUCGGUCAAGAGCUGCUCAUGAAACUGCCUUGGCAGGAACGCAUCUACUGUCAAUGA